AUGCGACCUCUCAAGCGAGCUGCACACGUCCGGCUGCCAUUGCGGCACCCAAUGCGGCUGCUGGCCACAACAGCAGAUUCGCCCUCACCAGCGACAGGCCCGGUCGGCUCUCUGCUCAUUGCCAACCGCGGCGAGAUCGCCUUGCGCAUCCACCGUACUGCCACGCGCAUGGGCAUCCCGACCACGACGCUGUACACGGCAGUGGACGCAACUGCACAGCACGCCCGAGCAUCACCUCGCAGCUUGGCAUUGGGCUCGUAUCUGGAUGGCGACAAGAUCAUUGCGCUGGCACUGCAGCACGGUAUCCAGGCUCUGCACCCGGGCUAUGGCUUUCUGUCGGAGAACGCAGCGUUUGCAGAGCGCUGCGCAGCUGCGGGCAUCACGUUCGUGGGUCCGCCAGCACAGGCCAUGGCCGACAUGGGCGACAAGGCACGCAGCAAGGCCAUCAUGCUGGCAGCCGGAGUGCCGUGCGUGCCCGGAUACCACGGACCGGACCAGGCCCCCGAGCAGCUGGCGGUCCAUGCGGCCAAGGUCGGCUAUCCGGUGCUUCUCAAGAGCGUGCGUGGGGGUGGCGGCAAGGGCAUGCGCAUCGUGCAGACGCCAGACGAGUUUGAGGCGCAGCUGCGCAGUGCACGGGCAGAGGCGCGGGCCAGCUUCGGCGACGGCGGUGAGGUCAUGCUGGUGGAGCGGUAUAUUGUGCGGCCGCGACACGUCGAGGUGCAGGUGUUUGCGGACAAGCACGGCACUGCCGUCGCUCUGGGCGAGCGUGACUGCAGCAUUCAGCGGCGCCACCAGAAGAUCCUGGAAGAGUCGCCAGCUCCAGACCUGGGCGACGACCUGCGCCACGACCUGUGGGACCGAGCUCGCACGGCUGCGCUUGCGGUGGGUUAUGUCGGCGCUGGCACGGUCGAGUUCAUCCUCGACCGCGACACGGGCGAGUUCUUCUUCAUGGAGAUGAACACGCGGCUGCAGGUCGAGCAUCCGGUCAGCGAGCUCGUCACUGGCACAGACCUGGUCGAGUGGCAGCUGCGCGUAGCUGCUGGCGAGCCGCUGCCGCUGAUGCAGGACGCCAUUGAGAAGCGCAUCAGAGAUCGCGGCCAUGCUAUCGAGGCGCGCAUCUAUGCCGAGAACCCGGAGCGCGACUUCAUGCCGGACUCGGGCUGCCUCGUACAUCUGGCCACGCCGGCCGUGCAGCCUGUUGGCACCAACAACGAAGAGGCUGACGUGCGCAUCGACGCCGGCUUCGUGCAGGGCGACACGGUGUCGGAAGCGUACGACGGCAUGAUUGCCAAGCUGAUCGUGCGCGGUGCCGACCGCAAGCAGGCCAUCCGCAAGCUGGAGCUCGCCCUGGAAGAGUACGAGGUGGCCGGACUGCACACCAACAUUGAGUUUCUCAAGCGGCUGUGUCGGUCGCCUGCGUUUGUCGCCGGCGACGUCGAGACGGGUUUUAUCGAUAAGUGGCGCGACGAGUUAUUGGCGCCGCGCGCCGUGGCCGACGAGACGUAUGUGCAGGCGGCUCUGGCCUUGUUUGUAGCUGCACGGCCCGGCGGCUUGGCCUGCAGCUUGCACGGCCAGCCGCUCGGAUUUGGUGAUGCCGGUGGCGGUGGUACGGCUGAACGUAGCUUCGCCUUUGAGGUGGUGGACGCCUACAGCGACCGAGCCGGCGACGUGGUGGAGGUAGCAUUGACGCAGACAGGAUGGCAGCGGUUCCGGGCGCGGGUGUGGUGGCGGGACAACAAGUCGGGCAGUGUUACGUACGAUGAUGUCUUGCUGGAUUCAUCGGCCGUAGAGCACAGACAGGCAGAUACCACGGCGACAACCACGACCACCCGGCUGACGGCCUUUUAUCCCACGACGCGCGCAACGUCCACAGUGGUGCAGCAGCAGCUGCAGCAGCAGGCAGAAGACAUUGGACCCGUGCAGCUGACCGUCUUCCAAGGCGGCACCAAGACGGAGCUCAAGCUGGCUCCGCCGGCGUGGUACGCAAAAGUGCGUGGGACCGACGAGUCGGCCGGGCUGUCGGUGGUGGCGCCAAUGCCGUGCAAGAUCCUGCGCAACGAGGUGUGUGUGGGCGAGACGGUCGAGAAAGGGGCUCCGCUGGUCGUCAUCGAAUCGAUGAAGAUGGAAACGGUCAUCCGGUCGCCGCAGCAGGGCAUCGUCAAGAAGCUGGCACACAAGGAGGGCGACAUCUGCAAGGCAGGGACGGUGCUGGUGCUGUUCGAAGAGGCUGAAGAGGCCGAGGAGGCCAAGUAG